GCGGAGUUGUAAUGAAUUUCAGCCGCUGUGUUUUUGUCCUUCACAAGUUGCCGUAACUACGUAAUCAAAAGGUUAUACGAAAGUAGCUUUUAGCCAGCUAACAUAAGUUCAUCAAAAUACAGUUGAACUGUAAACAGAAGCCCAACAGGAUGACCAGUGUGCUCUGCAGCAGAGCUCGGCUGGUGACGUACCUGCCAGGGCUUCACGUUCUCGUUCAUCGUGUUGUAGGGGCCAGAACCUUCUCUGGGGCAUCUGGUUCAGAUGAGCCACACCUGAACAGCACAACCCAUGACACUGCACCAAGAACAGUGUGGCCAGACAGAACCAUGGGACCAUUCGGACCUCAGGAUGAACGCUUUCAGUUGCCGGGUAAUAUGGGUUUUGACUGUCAUUUAGAAGGCACAGGAGAGCAGAGAACUGCCCCCGUCCACAGCAUGCUGCCUGAUGUGCUUACGGCUCAAUCCAGAAUCGAGAGGCACGGCUUCGUUAUGGCCCAGUUCAUCAAUGACCUUCAUGAAACCGAGCAAACCCUUGCAGCACAAAACAUCAAUAAAGUCGAGCAUUACUUUGAUCAUUCCAGUGUUGAGUGUGCUAUUCAGUCCUGCCCUGCACUGUUAAAGAAAGAUUUUGAGUCAAUGUUCCCUGAGGCUCCAUCAGAUGGUAUGAUGGUGGUCACUGUAACUCAAAAGACACAAAACGACAUGACGGGCUGGUCUGAACAGGUGGACCAGGAGAGAGAAGAGCUACUGGCUAAAUUUAUUGAAGGUGCAAAAGAGAUAUGCUGUGCUCUUCAACAAGAAGGGUUUUGGGCAGAUUUUAUAGACCCGUCAUCUGGCCUUGCAUUCUUUGGGUCAUACACGAACAACACGCUCUUUGAAACGGAUGAAAGAUAUCGAAAUUUAGGUUUCCAAAUAGAAGAUUUGGGUUGUUGCAAAGUGAUCCGGCACACUAUAUGGGGAACGCAUGUUUUUGUGGGCACACUGUUCACCACUGCUCCACCCGAGAGCCGGAUCAUGAAGAAGCUGCAGGGGAACUAAAGUCAACAAGUUAAAGAUUCGGUGUUGUCAUGGAAACAUGGUCAUGCCCACACCAGAAAAAUAAACUUUGGGUGGUUCCUAAUGUCCUUUAUGCUUGAUCAACAGAAUCAAAGACACUAUUGGAUCCCAUAGCACUUAGUGAAGUUGCCUAGUGACUGAUGUUGGGGAAUAUGAAUUUAUUUGUGUAGAAUAUGUUUCAGUUUUGGUACAAAUUUUAUUGUGGGUGCUUAAGUAAAAUUUACUGUCAGUCAAUCAUGUGUAGGAUCUCCCAUUCAAGUCUCUUUACUUUGUGUUGCCUUUCAUCGCCAUGAUAAAUACCUCAUAGAAACUCAAAAACUUGAAAGCAGUGGUAGAGCUAUUCAGUUUUUAUAAAUUAAAAACUACAUACUA